AUGAAAAAAUAUUUAGUUGUUCUUCACAUUGAGAUUAUAUUACUAUUCAUCCAGAUAGUAAAUAUAUUCGCCUUGAUUAAUGUUAAAGGGGAAUUAAAAUUGCUGUCUCCGAUACUUGAUCAAGGGCAUAUAACAGACGAAAUAAAAAAUUACAAGAAUGAGAUAGAGACACAGCAAAAUGAUAAACUGAACAAUGAUGUAGAUUUUCAAUUGAAGGAAUUAGCCAGUUUAAUGAGUCUCGUGAGAGAUACACAAGAUCAACAGGAAGAGGAAUUAAAUGAUUUAUCCAUUUCUUUAGAAAUAACGAAAGAUUCUCUUUUGAAAAUGUUAAGUGAAUAUGAAAACAGAAUUGAUCAGCUGGAAUAUACCAUAAUGGAAAUAAAAAAAUAUGAUCCAUAUAUGGAAAAAUUUAAUUAUCCUAUAUCAAAAUAUUGGCUUAAAAUUGAUUUUCAUAAUUUUAAAUCAUUAUGGAAAUAUCAGAAAAAGAAACAUUACACAUCCAUUGUACAGGUUAUAGACAUGACAAAUUUUAAGUAUCCUUCAACAAUUUUAUUGCUAAGACAUCACAAAUUAAUUGAAGGAUAUAUAAAUGUCGAAGUUUUACAAAAGAGUUCUUCUCUUCAAUCCAAUUUAAACAAUUCAUCAUCUGGAAUUAUAUUCGAUUUUGUAGAUGUUCACAAUUUUAGCUUUGUAGAAUUGUCCAUUCUGCAUAACCAGGUGGUUAUUUCCCUUGGAGUGAUAGAUGACUCCCGUUACAGCAGAAUAAUUUCAAAGGGAGUAGAAGCAGACGGAAAGAAUUUUAACGCCCUAAUAUGUGAAUUUGUAUCUAACAAAAUGAAUAUAUUUUUGAAUUACAAAAAAGUGAUUGAGGUAAAUUUCAUGAAUAGAAAUAUAAGCGACAGUAGUGGUGAGAAUCCAAACAAAUCUAUAGGAUUGUUUACAAAAAGUGGCACAGCAGAAUUUAGGAACUUCUUCACAGGUUCACUACAAUUUGAGAAAAUCAUGGAACAUAAAUUGGUAAUCCCCGAUGAGAAAGACAUUUCCAUAGCAACUGUAACAAAUUCAUAUCGGUUCUCAAAUAAGGAGACCAAAGACGAUUUAAGUGUUUAUACAAUACCUUAUAGCAAUAAGGAUUACGAUGAUUAUUUUGAAGAGGAGAUAAUCAAUGAUGUUUAUCCUGUGCCUGAUUCAAAUUCGCGCUAUGAUAAUAUCUAUGAUAAUAUUAAUGUAUCAGAAUAUGCAAAGAGAAAUAAUGUCGAUGUUUCUAACGAACUAAGUUUCAACUCGUGCAAAAAUUACACAAGCAAAGAUUUUAACCUAAAUGAAUGGAUAAGCAAUAAUAAGGGAAGUUCAAACAAUUGGAAUGUUAUUUCCCAAUUUGGAAUUAAAAAAAUGAUAUUUCGAAAUAGUUACAAGUUUCCACUUUUCAAUUCAGCAUUAGUUUAUAAAAAUAUUUUAUGUAAUUCUAUAAUAAUGUCGUCUUACAUUAAAGUUGAAAAUGAUACAGAGGCCGGAUUCUUGUUCAGAUAUGAAAACAAAGAUAACAUGUUUAUAUUAACAAUUUCUACCCCAAAUAAGGAAAUAAUAUUGAAAAAAAAAAAAAAUAACAUUGAAACAGUUAUAAAAAGUGAAUAUGUAAAAAACAUCAAUUCGAUUCAGCGCCAUCAGUUACUAAUUCAGGAUUCGGGGGAAGCAGGUGUCAUUCAUGUAUAUCUGGAUACUUCCAAAUUGUUUUCCAUUGAUCAGGAAAAUUAUUUUAAGUCAGGGAAAAUCGGAUUUUACGUUGAGCAUGGUUAUGCUGCGUUUGACACCUUAAAAGUUCAGCAGCAUGUGUAA